AACCUUCCACGCUCUCGCUCAGUGCUUGGUCAGCAGAGAACGGGCAGGAAAAUAUUCCAGGACAUUUAUCCUUCACUUGACAUCGAGACCGCAGCGGAUAUGUCUCUCCGCAGCACCUGCCGGCUCCGUGCCACGCUGCAACUCUCUAUCCUCAUCCUGAGCCUUCAGCAGACUGCCGUCCGAGGUUCUUCCUGGACCUACACAGGACACGGAGGCCAAGAGCAUUGGGAGGAGACGUUCCCAGACUGCGGGGGGACGGCACAAUCCCCCAUCAACAUCCAGACGGCCAAUGUUUCAUACGACCGGUCCCUGCCCCCCAUAGAGCCCGAGGGAUACAACGCCAUUGGAAGUGGACCAUUCACCUUGAGAAAUAACGGACACACAGUUGUGAUGAGUCUCUCCCCAUCGAUGCGUCUCAGAGGUCUGCCCAAUAACUUCACCGCUGUCCAGCUCCACUUGCACUGGGGUAGCCCAUCUGAUUCCAGAGGCUCUGAGCACCGGAUAGACGGCGAAGCAUUUCCCGCCGAGAUGCAUAUCGUCCAUUAUAAUUCGGACAGAUACGCUGACAUCGGAGAGGCAAAAAACAAGCCAGACGGAUUGGCUGUCCUCGGGAUCUUCAUGGAGGUCGGAGCCGCGGAUAAUCCAGCGUAUGGGAACAUUUUCAGCUAUCUGGAGAAUGUCAGUUACGCAGAUCAGAGCGUGACGGUUCCAGCUUUCGACGUUGGCCAGCUGCUCCCUGACCAUUUGGAUCAGUAUUUCCGGUACAGGGGGUCCCUAACUACCCCACCCUGUCAUCAAAGCGUGCUGUGGACAGUCUUCCACCACAAAGCCCAAAUAUCAGUGUCCCAGCUGGAGAAGCUACAGACAGUUAUCUUUUCCACCAAGACGAGCAUCCCUCCUAUACGACUACAGAACAACGUGCGCGACCCUCAGCCUCUGAACCAGAGAACUGUAUAUUCCUCGUGUUUCGUAGCUCCGCCAGGAUCCUUCUCUACAGCUAAAAUUCUCGCCAUUGUUUUUGGGACCUUCUUGGGAAUAUUGGGCAUCUUCUGCAUCAUUCACUUCCUCUAUAAGAAUCACAGGAAAAGCAAGAUGGAAGUCACUGGAAAACCAGAAAACGUUGUCGUCAAAUCUCCCUCCCAGCCAGCUGAGCAGGUAGAGGUGAAAUCCUUCCACCCAUAGCCAUCAGAUGCAGAGGCUUUCAACCUUCUGAAUACCAUGAUAUUGCUGCUUUCAUGAACUGACCUCCGGAACUCUGCCACACAACCACACACAGAAGUCUGUCAUGACUGCCGCUGCGUCUACGGGCCGGGCAGAGUAACUUAAGUACCCUCUCAGGUGUGGUUGUAGCAGAUGUCUUGUUGUGUUUAACCCUAAACCAUGCCACCGGCCGCCGAAAUACACCGGGUUACAAUCUACAAACUCCAUAGACACAAACGUAAAAAAUCCCUUUGCAGCCGUACAGCAGAAUCCUACCAACCAUAUUGCAAAGACUAAAGGUAAGGGGUUAAAAAGGUGCUUCUAAAAUCCAAAGGAGAACAGAAUUCAAUGUCUGGAAGUGGGAGAAACGCAAAACCCAACUCCAUGUUAUAUGCGACACGGUGCCCUGGAUCUUUGGUGCCCCAAACAUUCACCGAUAAUAUUUGGAAGCACCUGAGCGGUUCUUCUACAUCUAUGUUGGGUCCUGGAGCCUAUUCCUCCCCGCUGUUUGGGAAUAGAAGACAUACUGGUUUACCCAACGGUUCUGCUUUCUGGUGAUGGCUGCCGCCAACUAAAAAGACAGGAAAACGUAAACCCUCUAGACGUUUCAUGCCCCAGAAAUAUGAAGAACAUCUAGUGGUCCCCCUUUCCCAACCGCUUCAGCAAUACAGUAUCUGCAUCACAAAGUGCCUUCCACUUCUGCGGAGCACAAAAAGAACAUGAAAAAAUAUAUGGAUUUCUGUAUAUUUUACCCCAAAUACACACUGACCCAUGUUCAGCUGUGAGCUACAAGCAGAAUAUCAUAAAUUAGUUGGACUAGCAAGCCCUGUCAUCACCAAAAGUUAAGUUUAAGCCUCCCCUUGAGCAGGAUCGGGUAUAUACUGCUGUAAGAAGCUCUAUGGCCCCGCCAAGGACCUUUUAUACCGAAAUACCCAAAUGAUAUGCCAUAUUGUGUAUAUGUCGCGAUUAUUUCAUGCUUGUGUAGCAUUUGGUACUGGAUGGUUUUUAUGAUGUGUGUUUUUUUAUCAGUAUGUAAUAAAUUCUCUGCAAUGUGUAUUUUAAUUCCAUAAA